AAUUUUGGCCGACAGGUGUCGCUUCAAUUUGUUUUCCUGUGACAUGUGCUUGGCAGAUUGAUGUGAAAUCCACAUGUGAAAAAGACCUAGAAGAUUUAACUAUCGGUACGUACAUAGACCAGAGAUCUGUUGCCAUGGAUGGGAAAUAUAAACCAGGUGCUCUGACAGAUGUUAUUGUUCAACAUUCACAGAAAAACACAGAUGGAGGAAAAAAGACCAAAGUGAAAGCCAAGUUGGCAUCUCUGUUUAGUCCAGAGAAUGCAGCACAGAAUAAUCAAAGGACAAAAUCUAAAGCCACCUUGGAAAAUGAUUCGUCUGACGAUGUAGAGGGAUAUCAAGCCUCACCUGGCAUUGUCCAUGAAACCUUUCAGAAAAAAAAGAAAAAGACAGACAAAACGAAAGGGAAAAGCGUCUCAAAAGAAGAAACAAAAAUUAAAGAGGAAACAGAAAACACCAAGAAUCCAAGAGAUACACAAAGGAAAAACAGGAAAAUAAGAAUCAGAGAUGAAACAAAUGACUCAAAAACAGUUUUUGUGGGGAAUUGGCCUGUGUCACUACAGAAAAAGGACCUGAUGAAGCUUUUUAAGACAUGUGGGAAGAUUGUUAGUGUGAGAUUUAGAUGUCCUCCAACAAAAGAUCCCAGGAUUCCAAAAAAAGUAAUCUCUAUCAAAAAAGAUUUUCAUCCUGAAAGACCAACUAUUGUCGGAUUCGUUUGUUUUGAAGAAGAAAAGUCUGCACAGAAAGCUCUGAAGUUAAAUGGGAGAGAGGUAGAGGGUCGCCAUAUCAGAGUGGAUCUGGCAUCUAAGAGUAAAGAGCAUAAUCACCGCUGCUCCGUGUUCGUGGGAAACCUGGAUGUCAGGAUAGAUGAGGAGCAGAUUUGGUCGCACUUCAGUGACUGUGGCCAGAUUGUCAGCGUUCGCAUCAUCCGUGAUAACAAAACUGGACUGGGAAAGGGCUUCUGUUACAUCCAGUUUGAUUCCCCUGAUGCUGUUGGCCUGGCCUCUCAUUUAAAUGGCAGUAAGUUGGCGAGUCGGGAAAUCCGAGUGAUGAGGAGUCAGGAGAACCCUGGCCUACCCAAGAAAACUGGGAUUGACCAGAAAGGAAAACCACAUGCAAAGAAGAACUUCAAAAAUAAACAUGGGGAAGAGACUGUCAAUAAAGGAAAAUCUGCAAAGAAACUUAAAAAGGACAAAAAAUUAAAGAAAAUGAGAUCUAGUGAUGCUAAAAAAGUGAGAAAGAACAAGGCAAUAUUCAGUAACAGUUUUAAAAGUUCAAAAGAAAGUGGUGUGAAAAUGAACAAGAAAAUGAACACUCACCAGAAACCAACAGGCAGCAAAGGCAAAUAAAAUGUCUUCAAUGUU